UCGAGUCUUCUCCAAUCUAUUUUGAACAUAAAUAACGUGUGUUUAUCUAGCAUACAUCAGUUACACCUUCGUCCAUAUAAGAUGAACAGGUGCACGUAGAUAAUCGAUUGGUGAGCGAUUAAUCCAAUCGGAACAGAAUGCCGAAGCCAGUUCCGGUGGAGAACCUGGUGAUACCACCGCAGGAUGGCCGCAUCUGCGGCACGAUCUGCAUCUGUCAGAUGACGAUGGUGCUGUCCUCGGUCGCGUUGGUGUAUCUGACGGUCGCGAUCUACAUGCCCAGUGGACGGGCGUUCCAAUCGGGCAUCAGCGAAGUGCCCGUGAUGUGCACAACAAUUCGAGCGGUGAACGCUGACAAUUGCGAGUGGGGUAGUUGUGGCGAAUGGUGUUUGUCCAAGACCUCCGGGCCCUGCGUGCAGAUCCAUGUGAAUCUCCGCAGGAACGGAUCCACGAUUUUGUUAGCGAACUGUACGAACACGACGAAUAAGACUUGCUACGGUAUCGAUCAGGAGAACGCGAAGAAAUCAAAGUGCAUCGCGGACGAGUGUCGCAAUCUGACCGGGACAUUCAACUGUUCCGCGGGCACCUGCAUCAACAUCACCGACGCCUUCGAGUGCAUGUUCCACGACACGGAUCCGCCCCUUAAGUGUUCAGGUCGUCGUGGCAAGAUCACUUGUAUCGACAUAGACGGCCUAUUUAAUUGUAAUCGCGGUACCUGCGAGCGUAUACGCACCCCCUACAAUUGCGAUCGCAGGUGCGUCGAUAUCCCAACCAGGAAUAAGAAUAUGAUCCUUCUCAGCGGCGACAAGGUGUACUUGAGCCAGUGCGAACGAGCUAUCGACGUGGCAACUAAUCGCGAGAUAUGGCACGAAGAUCGUGGCGACGUCAUGAUGGCCUCCUGCUAUGGGAUCUUUAAUUCCACGUUGGGUGUGGAAGCGGUGGACUGCAUCAACGGUUCCGUGCUGGAGAAAGAUCUGCUAAGCGAUCUAACGAACUUCACUUACUUGUCCUACUUAAAUAUAUUCGCCACGAAACCCCUGGACAACGAUAAGUCAGUCGCACCGCCGGAGCAGAGCCUGAUCAUCGCCAACGAGAGUAAAUUGUUGAUCAACCUCGAGGGAUGUGUGAACACGCUUCGGGAUGAGUGCAAAGAAUUCCUUCACGAAUACGGGAAGGAUGGGUCCGAUCAUAACGCGCGUGCUAGAUUCCCGUGUUACUACGCCGAGGAUAACACGGGCGUUGUCGUGUCACGAUUCGAUCUACACACAACCUAUAGAGAGUUCUUGAUCGCGUUAUUGCUGCCGAGUAUUUUGUUUGUCGUCAGCUGUCUGACUCUGAUCUUCUGUCAGAGAACAGUCGUCGUCGGGGACGACGCUAAAAUGAGGUUCAAGGGCACGCCCGGCACGCUGGUCUCGAUAGAGAGAAGCGCGUCGGGCAACUUAGGGGAUGCUGGCGGAGGAGACUCCGUCAUGGCGCUCUGAGAUCCGUCACGCAUUCCCCUCCUGGAGGAGAGUCCGGCUCGUCAGUCGAUAUUCUCCCUGCGCGGGCAUUACUGAGGUGUGGGGAGGGGGGGAACGCGUGAUAAAAAAUUCUCAUCUUGCAAUUUAAUAAAACAAAAAACGCAACACGUACACAUUCCUGCAAAAGUACCAAGAAAACGAAGCGAAAAAGAGUGAUCAGACAACAAAGAGAUCAGGAAGAAUUUAUCUACUCGCACUGCCUGCACUAAAUAUUUGAAAGACCGCACGCAUGCUUAUGUGACACGAACAGAUGUUGUCACGAUAUCGAACGUAUAAUUCCGCACGAUUCUCUCGUUCAGAAAAGAAAUAACGGUUCAAGAAAGAAGAUUUACUCGAUUUUGGCGUUUUUCACACGUGACAUUCGUAGCUUUUAAGAGGUUCCCCUUUUCUGAUUGAUUUGCCGCGACCAAUAGUUCAAGUUUAACAGUCAAGAGGCGCGCCUUGCUGAUGGAUGAUCGACACGAGACGAGCUCUCGAUAGCCUUGCUUAUCUUAACUACAACUCAUCAUAAUCACCACAAGUGCGAACGACAAC